AUGGCGGAUUACCCUUACGAUACACGCCCCCCUCCGCGACAACGAGGCUAUCCGGACAAUAAUCCACAACGCGAUGCAGCUUUUUCUAACAUAUUCGGCGCCGCGCCGCCGCCGGGCAGGUCGCAAACCAUGAAUUCAUCUACAAUGCCUCCAAUGAUGGAUCAAGGAAGAGGGUUGCCGAGCGCUCCCCGGCACGCUCCCCAGCAACGACCUCAGCAGGGCUACUAUGGUGAUUAUGAGCAGCCGGCCCCUGCCGGCAGCCGAAUUUCGGAAGGCAGCCUUCCUGCUGGCUAUUACCAAGGUCAACGAUCUGCUUCGGGCGGGCAAUAUCCACCAAACCAGUACAUGCCGCAGGGACGUCGCCAGUAUCCCAACGCGGGCGGCCCGAUGCCUCCGAGGAUGGAAUCUCGAGGUGUGCCACCUCAAGCAGCAGGCGCAAGGCAUCAGGGGCAAAGAAUGUAUCAAAUACCACAUGGUGCUGCCUUAAAUACUGACCCUUACCGUUCUCAAUCCCUCGCCUCGACCUCCCGACCCCAAAUGUUCCCACAGUCGCCGCAUGCCUAUCAACAGUCGCCUGCGAACCAGUCUCGCCAGGCUCCUUACUCGCACCAGUAUUCCGCAAGAACUACUGCGCAGGGGCGUGUUGUACCCGAAAGACACGAGGAUCGUUCUAUGUCAAUGACCGGUCCAUUUCACAUGCAAGAUAGGGACGCCCAUCAAACGAUGAGUGGCCGCGUCAUUCCUAAUCGACGAACGCCUUCAGAUCUACAAACUGCGAACGGAUAUAUGCCACUUGCUGGUUCGUAUGCUAUUGCCUCCACUUCUCAGGCUAGAACUACGAGCAUGGUUUCAUCAACAAGCACUUAUGAGCAUUCUCGAACCUUGUCCAUUGCAUCUAGCAUUGCGCCGACAGUCACACCUUCCGAGUCUGACAGUACCACGCUAGUGCAGCGACCAUCUCGAAGUAAAUCUAUCGAGAGCGAGCGCCCUCAAACAGCAACCAAAAUACGCCCACCGCUUGUCUACCCUGCAUUGCUUUCUCGAGUGGCUGAGUGUUUCAGACAAAAAAUCUACGUCGGAGACCGUACCAAGAACGAGCUGACGUACAAGAAUGCCUUCAGUGGCUCUGAGGCUGUUGACGUGUUAUCCUACAUCAUUAGGACGACGGAUAGAAAUCUUGCUCUGCUUCUUGGCCGUGCCCUGGAUGCUCAGAAGUUUUUUCACGAUGUAACCUAUGAGCAUCGCCUGCGGGAUUCCCAGUCUGAGAUGUAUCAGUUCAGAGAAACCUUGAUCGAUGAACCAGAAGAUAAAUCACCUGUCAACGGUGUUUUCGUGUUGCUUUCAGAAUGUUACUCGCCUACUUGUACGCGGGAGCAGCUUUGUUAUUCAAUUGCAUGUCCUCGCAGACUGGAGCAGGUGUCACGUCUAAAUUUAAAAAUCAACCCUGGGCUUCGGAAAGAUGACGCAACCAAUCUGCACGAUGACGAAGCAGAUCAGACGGAUGAGCAAAAGCUCUGGAUCAACUCGGUUCCGAAGGAAGUAGCGGAUGCUGUUGGAGAGCGGGAGAAGAAGAGGCAAGAAGUGAUUUCCGAGAUUUGUUAUACGGAGAGAGACUUUGUCAAGGAUCUCGAGUAUCUGCGCGAUUUCUGGAUUCUUCCUCUUCGGUCAAAGCAGUCGCCCAUCCCUCCUCAGCGUCGCGAGAAGGUCGUCAAAACAAUCUUCAGUAACAUCAUUGACCAUCCAAGUAUCCACACUGUCAGCUCGAGAUUUGCAUCAUCUCUUACCACUCGUCAACAAAAGGAUCCAAUCGUCAAUAAUAUUGGCGAUAUUUUUCUGGAAUAUGUGCCCCAAUUUGAGCCUUUCAUCUGGUACGGGUCUAAGCAGCUUGAGGGUAAAUUUGGAUUCGAGAACGAGCGCUCAGUAAACUCUCAUUUUGCCAGUUUCGUCGACGAAAUCGAAAGGAAGAGAGAGUCUCGCAAGCUCGAACUCAACGGAUAUUUGACAAAACCAACUACUCGAUUGGCUCGAUACCCUCUGUUACUUGAAAACGUUCUCAAGUACACAGAAGAUGACAGUCAAGACAAGGCAGACAUACCUAAAGUGCUCACCAUGAUCAGGGAUCUCCUCGGCCGCGUCAAUGCAGAAUCUGGCAAGGCCGAAAAUCGCUUCAAUCUGAGACGCUUGCACGAGCAGCUGCGCUUCAAACCUAAUGAGAGGGUUGAUCUUCGAUUGACCGAAGAAGGACGCGAGCUGGUCUUCAAGAGCCAAUUUAAGAAGUCACCAACAGAUCCGGCCGAAAUUACAGCCUUUCUAUUUGACCAUGCCGUCUUGCUGGUUCGUAUCAAGCAGAAAGGCAAGACGGAAGAGAUCACUGCGUACAGGCGGCCAAUACCUCUGGAACUCCUUGCUAUCCGAGAGAUGGACGAAGUAAUACCCUUGCAGGGUUCCAUCAAGCGGUCAUCUUCAAGUCUCAUCCCAUCUAUCCGAACAACUACAUCAGACACCAAAAAGGGCGAAGGCUGGCCGAUCACAUUUCGCCAUCUGGGGAAAGCGGGCUACGAACAAACUCUUUAUGCCUCCAAUCAAGCGGCAAGAAAGAAAUGGCUACAGUUCAUUGACAACGCUCAGCAGCGUCUUCGCGCGCGCGCCGACUUCUUCAAUACCACUACCAUGUCGAGCAAUUUCUUUGGAGGUACCAAUCAGGUGAAUUGUGUCACGCCGUUUGACGGUGGCAGGAAAUUACUGUACGGCACUGAUAACGGCAUCUAUGUCUCUGAUCGCAAAGUCAAGGAGCAAAUUCCAAGACGAGUCCUCGAAACGCCCAGCGUCACGCAGAUCGAUAUUCUGGAGGAGUAUCAGUUACUGCUUGUCCUGUCAAACAAGACCCUGCAGUCCUACGCUCUUUCAGCUCUGAGCCCUGACGAACCAGCCCUGGGCAAGAGACCGAAGAAGAUACAAAAUCACUGCAGCUUUUUCAAGACCGGUAUCUGCCUAGGUAGACACCUCGUUUGCUGCGUAAAAUCGACCGCACUAUCGACUACCAUCAAAGUUUUUGAGCCCAAUGACGCGAUGACAAAGGCAAAGAAACAGAAGGGGCUUGGCAAGUUCAUCAGUAGUGGCCACGAUGAACUUCGGCCCUUCAAGGAAUUCUACAUCCCCACAGAAUCUACAUCAGUGCAUUUCCUCAAGUCGGUCCUUUGUGUAGCUUGCGCAAGAGGGUUCGAGGUCGUGUCCUUGCAAACUCUUGAGACGCAAUCACUACUUGACCAAGCCGACACGUCGCUUGAUUUUGUUGCUCGGAGAGAAGGAGUGCGGCCGAUACACAUCGAGCGGCUGAAUGGCGAAUUUUUGCUGAACUACUCGGAAUUCUCAUUCUUUGUUAACCGUAAUGGUUGGAGAGCUCGCCCAGAGUGGCGGAUCGACUGGGAAGGCGCGCCCCAGAGCUUUGCGUUAAGCUACCCCUUUAUCCUUGCGUUUGAGCCCAACUUUAUAGAACUGCGCAACAUUGAAAAUGGUACCGUCCACAUUGUGCCGCACAAGAGUAUCAGAAUGUUGCAUAGCAGCACCCACGAGAUUUUGUAUGCCUACGAGGAUGAAAAGGGCGAAGAUGUAGUGGAGGCAAUCGACUUUUGGAAGAACAAUCGACGUUCGGACGUGCCCGGCUCAUCUUCACCUUGA